AUGAAAACUACAACAGAGAUUGCCAUCGAUCUCAACAUGCCUGUUCAUGUUGUCCAGCGUGUCUUGAUGAAUUGGCGGGAGAUUGGAGAUGUUUGCAAGGAUAGAGCACACAUGGGCAGAGCCCCACUUAUGAAACAGGAUAGCAUAAAGCUGAUGCUUGGGCUCCUUGAACGGUGUCCAGACAUGUACCUCGACGAAAUUCAAGAGCAGUUGGAGGAACAGAACAACGUUAUUGUUUCCUUAGCCACCAUCUACAGAAGCCUUCGUCGUCUAGGCAUCACAUCCAAAAAGCUCUCGAGGGCCGCCCAAGAACGCUGCGAAGAGGCAUGUCGAAAUUUCACGUUAGAGAUUGGCGGUGAGCCCCCAGAGAGACUUGUAACAGCUGAUGAGGCUGCUGUGAACAUCCUCAAGUCAUAUUGUGAAAAUGGAUGGGCACCCUGA